AUGGGCUUCUUUUCGCUGCUCUCUGGCGGCGUUGUGAAGGCUGCGGAGGGAAAGGAUGCGCGAGCGCACCGUGAGCGAACGAAUAGGUCAGCCUCGAGCGACCAAGCGGACAGCGAUGAUUUGCAUCCGAAAGUGGAGCUGAGCGCACCGGUCCGGCGGGUGCCUGCCAUGAACACGCAAGGCAAGGCGGAACCGAAAUGGUCGCGGCUGCACAGUGUCGCUGUGCCAGCGAAGCGGGGUCCACUCUCUCUCUGGAGUCGACUGCUAUGUCGGCCGGAGGUGUACGACCCGCACGUGGAAGCAGCCCCGCUGACAUAUCUGCUCGAUGUGAGCGAACCUCAUGUCAUGGUGGAGGAUGAGGAACAAGCAGACGCGCAGAAUGAGGAACACGCGGCAGGGUGCACACGGUGUGAAGGGGAUUUGUCGCAGAGGCGAUAUUCCGUGCGUGCCUCCAUGGGAGAGGGGUGUCGUGCCCGCACACCACUACCAAAGGACGACGACGAGCACCUUGAUGAUCCUGAGGACACUGUGAUGUCAUGCUGCAUGGCGAACGCUAGCAGUGAUGUAGAGGAGCUCGAGGAUGCGGAGGUGCAGAGCGAUGUUGCAGAGGCCAACGCAGGAGAGCCUUUCCUGCACCCGCAAGUAUUUCACGUCUUUGACACGCGGCGGUGCCGGGCCUGCGCGUCGACUCUGCUGUGGAGCCCGACCGUGGCCGAUAACUUCAGCGUUACAGCACCGCUUCCAGGUGGCAGCAGCGCUCCUCCAACGGAUGCGACGGAGAGCGGUGCCGCGUCUUCGCGUGGUUCGGGCCUCUCCACGGAGCGGCGGCUCAUCUCACGGGAGGAGCUGACAAGGAAGCGCCUACAGAGGCGUCAGCAAUUGAAGGAGGCCGCAAAGCGUGACCGCGAGUACAAGGAGGCGUGGGCGGCGCUCGUUGCCUCUGCGGGGCUGCACGCGCUCAGUCUUGAGGAAGACAAGACGUGUAGGCGAACACACGUGCCAAAUACAGACGAAAGAGGCUCGCUGAGUACUGCCGCCGCUAGUGCUGCAGCCACCACUGCUGUGAUGUCCUCGUGUCUGACCAGUGAGGCUCUCGAGUCCUUGCGCGAAGGCACGCAGCCGCUGUCCUACGAUCUACCCGAGAUGCUCCUCGCAAGACUGGGCCACUAUGCACAGUUGCCCAAGAAGGCUAAGGGCGGCGCUGAGGAGGCGGCAGCGCUUGCGCAGGACGGCGACCGCGCUGGGAGUUGCUCUAGCCGCUCUAGCAACGGCAGCAGUCAGAUCGCACUUGACGACGAGCAUGUGAAUGUGGAGACGGGACUUUCACUCAUGUAUGGCUCCGUCUUGAGAUGCCGGAGCUCCGCGUCAAAGACGAGGGACGUCAGCGACGAAGCUGGCGCCUCUCGCACUUCCCGCAGGGCGGCCGCGGUGCGAGGUGGGAGCCAGCGCCUUCCUGCUGGAAAGUACCCGCUUGGCUCUCGUGCUUAUGCAGAGCGGGUCCUGUUUGUGCAGCGCCGCCAACAAGAGUGUGCGCUGUUUGCUCUCAUCACAGAGGCCCAUCGCCAGGCGCGCGAGGCCCAUCGCCGUCUUGCGCAGCUCUAUUACUAUUACAUCAUCCCUAUUCUGGCUCAGUACAGCACGGAGGACGAGAUCAGAGGACUGGAGCGGUCGCUGCUGCAGUGCGGCUCUGGCGCGCUGCGUGUGUACCACUCGGAGUUCUGCCGCACUGUAGUGUACCGCCGAAGCGAGUCGCAGUCGAGCGUUUCUGGCGGUGCUUCAGAUUCCAUUGCCUGCUGUUUCCAAGUGCAGCCGGUCGACUACCAGCUGACUGAGUACCGCUUCGAGAACGUGUGGCGAGAGCUGUUUGCGGACGUAAAGGCAUACCUUGGUAUGCAAGCCUGCGAGGAUGAGGGAUUCUCUACGUUGCCGUCACUUUUGGAGCUGGAGGACGGCGCUGCUGCCUCGAGCAGCACUACUUCCGCCGGCCACGGGUCCGUGUGCGUUGCGGCGACAGUGCUCCACUCCAUGGAGUUGUUUGAGCGGCAGCGGCACACUCACGGCGCUGCGCGCGACGCGGAGGAGUGGCUGGCUUGGUACUACUAUUACUUCAUCCCUCACGUGCAGCGCGCCGACUCUGCCGAGGAGCGCGCGGCAAUCCAGCGAAGGUUGCUCCCCCCACCGCCAUCACCGUCAUCAACGUCGAUAUGUCGAACGGAGCCGAAAUACGGCAACGAGUGCUCGCAGGUCCACGCCAAUGAUCCGCAGCCGCUGCAGCCACACCCACUAGAGAACGAGUACCUUCCAUUGUGCUGGACGCUGGCGUGCAACACAGCACAGAGAGAGAAGGUGCUGAACUACCGCCGGGACCUGAAACUGCGGGCGAUCGAAAGCUUCCUCAAGCAGCGACCAGUUGCCGUGGGCGAGAGCGCUGCUGCGAGGGCUACCGAUUGCACCCGUACGGCCAGCGAAACUGAGCCCGCAUCAGUGACGACCGUCAACACUGUCAAACCAACCCCUGAGACGGUCGGUGCCAAGGUGGCGACUGCAUCUUUCGAAUGCCACCUGCUGAAACACAUGCCAGAAAAUGGCGACUUGGUCGACAGCGCGCACAAGACGGAGGCAAGCCGGCUGUUCGAAAAGGACGUGGAAGCGGAUCGUGGGGAAGCCAGUCUCUUAAAGCCCUCGUUACAACUCCUUUCAGCCGAUGCGCUCAGCGGGCAGAACCAUGGCGCCGUCAAAAUAGAGGAUGCGGACUCAGAGGAGACGGAGGACGACGAUGGUGCCAUUCCUGUUGGUACGCACCACACUGUGAACGUUGGCUGCUUCGGCCUUUCGUUUUUUUCCAUCUUUGAUUAA